AUGGCCACCUACCAAGCUCCUGAUGAGAACACGGUGGCACUGAUGGCUCACAACACCAACAGCGGCAAAGAAGUGGAGAGGGACAAGGAGGACGUGGGCCAGGAAAAGGUCCAAGAUAAGCCGGACCCUUCUCAGAAGCCUCCUUAUUCCUAUGUAGCUCUCAUCGCCAUGGCCAUCAGGGAGAGCCCAGAGAAGAGGCUGACCCUGUCCGCCAUCUACCAGUACAUCAUCAGCAAGUUCCCAUUCUACGAGAAGAACAAGAAGGGAUGGCAGAACAGCAUAAGACACAACCUGAGCCUCAACGAGUGCUUCAUCAAAGUGCCCAGGGAGGGUGGGGGCGAGAGGAAGGGCAACUACUGGACCCUGGACCCGGCCUGUGAGGAUAUGUUCGAGAAGGGCAACUACAGGAGAAGAAGACGGAUGAAGAGGCCAUUCAGGCCUCCCCCUACACACUUCCAAGCGGGAAAGAGCCUGUUCAGCAGUGACACCUACGGCUACCUGUCUCCACCCAAGUACCUACAGUCCAGCUUCAUGAACAACUCUUGGUCCUUGGGUCAGCCACCAAACCCCAUGUCCUACACCUCCUGUCAGAUGGCUGGUGGGAAUGUCAGCCCCGUCAAUGUCAAGGGACUGUCUGCAUCGUCCUCCUACAGUCCAUAUUCCAGGGUCCAGAGCAUGACAUUACCCAGUAUGGUCAACUCCUAUAACGGGAUGAGCCACCAUCACCACCAUCCGCAUGCCCACCACCCCCAGCAGCUGAGCCCGGCCAGCCCUGCUCCGCCACCUUCUGCCACCUCAAAUGGAGUGCAGUUUACCUGUGCCAGGCAGCCCUCAGAGCUGUCCAUGAUGCACUGCUCUUACUGGGACCAUGAAACCAAGCACAGCGCCUUGCACCCCAGAAUAGACCUUUGA